AACAGAGUGCUACUUAGCAUUACAUUUAUUUAUGUAUGAUGAAAUCUACUCCAGCAGACCAGUUUACUGAAAUUGAGCGCCUGCGAGGUAAACUACUGAACAAUCUUGGCAUGACAGACUCCUUGUGUGUGGAAGAAAUCAGCAGCAGAGAAAUUUUGACCAGAAUUGAAAAAGUAAUCCUUGGAAUAGUGAGUAGUCUGUCUAAAGAUGAAGCUCCUAUCCUUGUGCUGCCCAACAGAUCCAGAUGGGCGAAUGUCAGUUUUGACAGUGCCAUUGGGCUUCAGAUGAGUUCAGAAGGUUCCGUAACCACCAUCAGGAGCGACUGUCCAUCUGUCACUAAGUUUGCACAAAUUCUGAAGAUUCUCUCAGUCAUCUACAAACUUGUGCAGAGCAACUCGUAUGCCACAAAAAGAGACAUCUAUUACAACAAUACACAGCUGUAUGGCUCACAGAAAAUUGUUGACAGCAUUGUGGAUGAUAUCUCCUGCAUGCUCAAGGUUCCUCGCAGAUCACUACAUGUGGUAGUGUGCACGUGUUUGCUCUCAUGA